AUGCACGCCUGUUCAGCGUUUAUUCGAAGUCAAUAUCGUCAAAUUAGGUAUUGUUAUGAUGGUGAACGGGGUGUCCAACUGCAACGUGCUGCUGCACAUAAGACAAUGAGCACCAAGCCGCAUCCAAUUUUAGAGGUGCCGUACCUGCUUAUCAACGAUUACACGCCGUCAGUGGACAAUAACAAUUUGAAUGUGAUGCUUCUUCCGCAGUUACUCAACAAAUGGUUUAAGUUAUAUUCGUGA